AAAUGUGUCAAUUGUGGCAAGACAGGACAUACCAAAGAGACUUGUUGGUGCAAAGGCGGAGAUAAGGAAGGGGAAGGACCAUCUUCGAAGAAACACUUCAAAAGAGACAAGGCUAAACUUGUCCAAGAAGUGUUGAUGGAGGAAGAAGAUGAAAACAUCAUGGAAGAUGUUGCCUAUAUGGCCAAU